AUGAUCAAUCGAACCAUGACACCAUAUCCAAAGGUUGACCAAACCCCGAGCUCUCCACCAGCUGCCGCUGCCAUAUCAAUUCCCGACCUGCCCGAGGACGUCUUUCUCCUGGUCCUGACCAAUCUCGCCGCAUGGGACCUGGUGAGCUGCCAACGCGUGUCGAAAUCAUGGCGCUCUGCAUUCAGCCAAGACCAAUACAUCCGUGUGGUGCUGCAACAUUAUCCACGAGCGAGAGAAGUCCGAACCCUGCCGCCAGGCAAACUUCAUUUCCACAGUCCACGAGAUGACUGCCUCGACUGGAAUCGGAUUCUCCUUCGCGUGGCGUCGCGAUACUAUAGUCUCGUCAAUGGUACGGCGAGAACGGUCCUCAAAUAUCCCAUGGCCCCGGUUGAACAAUUAGGCGACUGGUUCCCGGUCGGACAAUGGGACUAUCACGAAAGUCAACCGGGAGGACGUUUGUACUAUGAGACCGCCGCGGUUCAUCUGAGCAGGAUCGGUUCCAAACCAUACCUGUUCAGACCUACCUUGUGGUCCUACGACCAGGGGCUUCUUGUCUAUGCUCCAGCUCAAUGCACGGGUGACGACUACCUUCCUGGAAUCCUAGCACUAUUGGAUGUCGAGACUGGUCAGAAAUUCCCCAUCCCAUUCGACAUUCGAGGCAAGAUCAUCCGCAACCUCCGGCUGAAGGACCGAACUUUGAUCGUCGAAUGGGCGGAAAGGGACCCCUUCCACAACCUCAAUGCCAUGGAGCAGGUCAAUCGGCAUUUUGCCAACUGCUUCGACGUCUGCCCGGGCCCUGACAAAUCGUCGUGGACGGUGACAUGGCGAUCGGAGUGGAAAAUGCAUUUCCUAGGGCUUCCGCCAAACUACCACGAUCGGUUCUUCUCCACACACAACUCCACCCAUUAUGCCGUGUACUUCUGGCAACCCAAUCGGAGCAUGUACACUGGCGACGAGGAGCUGCCGAUUGAAUCGCUUUCGGUCUGGGACAUUUCCGCCUCGUCCCCGUAUCAGCCGUCCACAGACCCUUCGGGGGAAUUUCGCCCGCCAGAGAAACAAGGACCGUAUAUCGUGUCGAGAUUCAGCUUCACACAUAUGGACUUCGUCGGGAUUCGACAACAUGCCAGUGUGUCACUGAUGUCUCUACAUCUCGAUUCCGAAUCAUUGUCGCUGACCGUGCGUGAAAACGUCGGUGUCGUAGGUCAAGGAUAUUUCGACCCAGCAGAAAGGCUGUGGUGCGCGAAAACGACGACAUUUCCAUUCCUGGGCCAAGGACCGCGACUGUACAGAGAGUGGGAUGGCAAUCUCCCCCCAUAUCGAGGCCAUUGUAGCAUGGAGAGCGCGGAUGUCGAGGAGAGUGAGCGCUGGUUCCUACCGAUCAUGGACAUCGUCGACUCGGACGCUGGUGUCAGGCUGAGUCUCGUCGAGACUUGUUUUUCCGGACAAAGUGUGGACAACAGACUGGUUGUGAGGAUGAAGACGCAGUAUCGUUCUGGUGAAAACAAUGGCAAUGCUGCACUCGACUGGACUACGCUUGACGAGUCUUUGACGCGCGAAGUCAGUGCUAUGGGCCGCAUCGCAGGUGAUGAGCGCUGGAUUAUCGGACAGAAUGACAGGAUGGAGAUUGUGGUUUUGAAGUUCUAA